UAGCUUACUAAAUAGCGAAUAACUGUGGUUAAGCUAUGUCUGCCGCUCCACAUAAUAUUGUUAAAGUGUCACCGAUGAGGUUAGGAUACAUAACUCUCAGCAGGUAGUUAGAAGUUUGUUUUUUUAGAAGGAAAGAUGACCUUACUGGCAAGCUAACGGUAGGUGGCGCGCUUGCGCCGUGUUUUCCUCCACUUGUUAUCCCUGUAUGGAUGGAGCUAGGUUAGCUUAGCUAAUUUAAACUCUCCAGAGUGUGUCAGUGUGUCGUCCUCGGCUUGUGUCAUGAAGUAGGAUACGGACUGAAGCGCUGCGUUGGAAACAGUGGAGACUCUCAGUUAUUUCCCCCCUGAAGCCGCUCGCAGAACUAGCGAAUUAUUUAAAAGUGUUUCAUUGGAAGAAGAAACGGUUUCAAAAAGAUGAAGUAUGUGUAACGUAAACCUGGGAUAUAGCUGCGUGCCACCCGGACGAAGCUCUCUUGUUCACCGGUCUAUCCAGAAGUUGGAUUCCCAGAGAUGCCAGUUAAAUCCUACACAGUGUCAAAGACAAAAGACCACCAGUGAGCCAGCAACAAGUGUGUUACACAAGAAGUACCAUGGAUACUGAGGGAUACAAAAAUGAUCCACACUACACAGAAGCAGAGAGCCUUUGGCAUGUGAUGCAGAAAUCAGGAGAUCUGGAUCCAAGGAGCAGAGAUGGUGAAGGCUGGAAGCUGGUGGAAGUAUAUCUAUCAGGAGGCGCACCAUGGGGAUUUACACUCAGAGGAGGAUUGGAGCAUCGAGAACCUCUGCUCAUAACCAAGGUGGAGGAGGGCAGCAAGGCAGCAGCUGUGAGUCUCCAGGUGGGAGACGAGCUUGUCAACAUCAACGAGAUUCCCCUGAGCGGCUUCAGACAGGAGGCGAUCUGCCUAGUGAAAGGCUCCCAUAAGACCCUCAGUCUGGUGGUGAAAAGGCGGAAUGAACCCAUAAGCAGGCCUCACUCCUGGCACUCCACCAAGUUCAUCGAAAGCCAAUCAGAGACUGCCAAAACGCAGUCUCCACCCAUGCCAGUCUGGCAGACCAGAUAUGAUGCAAGCUCAUCCUCGACUGACCUAUCCUCUGGCUGGGAGCAAACGAACCUGCGCAGAGUGUCCGACCAGUUCAGCUCUCACGGCAGUAUGGACAGUCUAGAACAUGUCUCACACCCGUACUCUGCCGGUCAGCUUUCACCUGCCAAAUCCAACAACAGCAUGGAGCAUCUCGGAGGAGGGAAACGUGACUCGGCCUACAGCUCCUUCUCCACCAGCUCUGGCACCCCAGACUACACCCUCUCAAAGAGCAAUGCUGCCUCGACAGAGAACAUGCUCUAUAAAUUCAGUCAGUGGGAUGCCGGAGGAAAGCACAACAAUAGCAGAAACAGCCAGAGUGUGAAUGAGGGAGUCAAACAGGAUGACAGGGUGGCGUACUUCCAGAUGCCAGGAGUUGGUACAGGCUGUGAGGGUCCACAGACUGAGGAUUUGGCUGGCUCCCGCCAUUCCACUUCAAGCAGAAUCAGCUAUGGACCUGUUUGGCAUGUCCCUGAAAAAAAGAAGACGGCUUCCCCCUCUCCUCCCCCACCCCCUCCACCUGCACGCAGCGACAGUUUUGCUGCAACUAAGGUACAUGAAAGGGGGAUCGUUAUAGCUCAGCCUGAAGGACCUGAAGGACAUGUUUCUAGUAAGGCUUCCACUGACAGUCGCCGCAGCCACAACUUAUCCCCGAAAAAUGACAGCGAUGGGUUUUAUACUUCAUCCGAUAAAUCGAAUCAUAACCAGUUCAACUCAAACAAGCAGUACUCCCUGUCCAGCAGUGAUGUUCGGCAAGGGCAGCCCACCCAUCAGAGACACCAUAGUGACAAAGGCACUUUUUAUUCUCAGCCCUGGGCUACAUCUGUACCAAAGCCACAGAAUGUAGGUGGCUACUAUUGUAGCAUGCAGGAACUGCCUACUAACGGUUCUGGACAACACUUUGGUCAGAACCAGAGAAAGAACUUCAGCACCUCCCUAUCUACCACUGCCAGUGACCAAAACACUGACAGCAGUGGACAUAGCCGAUACUACUGUGUCACAACAUGCCAGCCUAACCCGCAGCCCAUGUCAGGAAAAUCAGAGGACAGGAGGAGUGUCACUGGUGUAGACCUGGCACAGACUGGGACUGAGCAGAACUCUCUGAGCCCACAGACAGUCAACAAAGUGAAGUAUCAUCUGCCCCAACAGCAGCAACACUCCUCACACAUUAAAGACAGCAAUGGAUACAGCAAGCACCAAGUUACAACUGUACUAGAAACCCUUAUAACUAAACCCAGUUCUGAUGACAGGGGAAACCAGAGAGGACACAACACACAAAAUCCAGAAGCUCACUUCAUGAGUUAUCCUUCUAACAGACAGUCUGAACAGCGGAGGUCACUGCCACUCCAACAUAGAGAAUUAUCCCAAGACAUCAGACAUUACAGCCAAGUGAGCAACAAGAUCUGCCCGCAGGCGACCCCCAUGCUUCACUCUUUAUCUAUGGACGCUGCAGGCCAGGAGGCUAGAGUCCCAAACUCAGAGGAGUCCAUCGAAAGCAAGCAGGCGAGACGCAGUGACCGCUUUGCCACCACGUUAAGGAAUGAAAUCCAGAUGAGAAAAGCCAAGCUGCAGAAAAGUAAGAGUGCAGCAGCACUUCCUGGUAGCGAGGGUGAGACUGAGGAUGAUCAAGAUAUCUGGAAGUCCACUGAAAACACCACCCCUACCUCUGCAGAUGGCUCCUUCACCAACACCUACAAGGUUAAUCUGAAGGAAGCACAAGCAAGGGUGCUCAAGGCGACGUCUUUCAGGAGAAAAGACCUCGAGCCAGUCUUACUUGAGCAUCCUGCGGCUGAGGCCUUGCCUAACUACCCAUCCUCAGCGCUGACCCGUAAAGAUGUCACCCCUCUGCCAACUGUCUCAGAGUCUGUAAUGAGUAAAUCAGGGCCUGCCAGUGGUCAAGUGACUCGUAUUGGUGGUCGAAAGCGUUUUCCUGCAGAAAAGAAGGGAAGGUCUUUCUCUGAACCAGACAAAAUCCAUGAAGUUGGGGUGAAGGAAGAUCUCCCGCACAAUGAAAAUGCAAGCUCCUCACUAGACAAACAGAGGCGGGUAAAACAAAGGGGGAAGCCCUCUUUUCCCAGUCCGAUUCCCCCUCAGAGCUAUACUGACAACCCCACGGAGACAAGGGCCAGAGGUCUUUCCACAACCAGUGAAACAGAGGACACAAUGACGGGUAGAGAAUACACUGAAGAGGUCCAGGGAGGUCCUUACUCAACACACAAGCUGUCCGUCUUAGACCAGCAAAGACUGGGCACCUUCGCUGAGUAUGAGGAAAAGUGGAAUAUACAGAAGAAAAACCCAGAAACAAGAGCCUCUGGGCGGUACCGGUCAGCUGAUAACAUCCUGGAUCCAGGACCAGAGAGGACCAAAACCACCUGUUUCCACGAGAGAUCCCGAUCGUCUCCUUCCGCUGACAUCUAUGGACAGAAGAUUCAAGUUCCUGCAAGAAAGUCUGAGACAGAAUAUUCCCAGACGGAGAAACCUGCUGAACCGCUCAACACUGCCACAGGGUUCUCUGACAGAGGGCCCGCUGACUGUAAAGUGAGAGAAAAGCCUGUGGAGUUGGAACAUUACCCAGCGCCACCCCCUCCGCCCAUGACAGGAGCCAACCCUGACAGCAGAGACAGAGCUGCCCCGGCUACCGUGAACCACAGACCCACAUUUAUCUCCCACAGUGUCACAGAGUCUGUCGGACCUCAGCCCGAGGGCCACACCGAGACUCCAUCUGGGCUGAGGAGGAAGCCCCCUGUGCUGGAGAACCCACCCAGAUGCCCAGAGGUCGACACCGGUUCCCAGAGCGAAAUCUUCACCCACAGCUCUCCUAACUCCGCCUCUGCCCCCUCCCACGCUGCACAGGGAGAUUCUGAGCAGGGCAAAGGACUUGUGGACAAAGGACAAGGGGCAGUACAUCAUCUGUCAACAUCCAAUCCUCAGCCUGCCUCCUCUCCCCCAGCUUCCUCCCACAGACACUCAGGGCCGGCAACUAUGGAGAGACAGCGCUCUCCAUCUCCACAGUUUUCCCCUCAGAGACUCAGUGACAAGCCGCCGGUCUCUAUUCAGGAUCAUCAGGAUGAAGACACAAAUGGGAUGGAGCAUGUGAUAGAAAAACAAACCUCUGCAGUGAAGAAAGUGCCCAUCAGGAUUGUCCACUCAGAAGGAGUCGCAGAGAAGGAGAAGAGUCCGUUUUUGCAGCACACUGACACUCCUGCUGUUGAGGCUGAGGCUCCUGGUGGAACCAGGCUGGGCAGUCUGGGAGCUGCAGGGCAGGACUCGCUCUUCUGCGCCUUCACUCGCCAGAAGGAGCCCGACAGUACGCCGGCCGCUCAGACGGACCCAAAGCACCAGGCAGAGGCAUACAUGAGCACCGUUAAAGAUCACAUCAACUCUACCGGUCAGCAGCCUGCAGACGAGCCCAGCAGGGUGACAGUAAUCUCAGGACUGUCUGAGGAUCAGAAGAGAGAGGAGCUGGCCAGGGACAUCAUGGGGAAGGAUAAAUCACUGGCUGAUAUUCUGGACCAGAGCAAGAUGAAGACCACCAUGGACUUGAUGGAGGGGAUCUUCCCUCAGGAGGAGCAGCUCUUGGAAGGAGCUCACCAGCGCAGGAAGGUGUCCCCGAAGCAGACGGUCCCCCGGCCUGCUGAGGAAAGGGAAAAGGAGGACAGUAUGGCGGCAGCUGUCACCAUGGUGACCAGCUCUACAUAUUACAGCACAUCUGCUCCCAAAGCUGAGCUCCUUCUUCAGAUGAAGGACAUGCAGGAGCAGGAGGAGGAAGACUCUGAAGACGAACUAGACAUUGACCUGGCCAACAAGAAGCAAGAGCUGAUCGACAGCCUGAGCAAGAAGCUUCAAGUGUUGCGGGAGGCACGGGAGAGUCUUCAGGAGGACAUCCUCGACAAUAAUGCUCUGGGAGAUGAGGUGGAGGCCCGAGUCCAGGAGGUCUGCAAGCCCAACGAGCUGGACAAGUUCAGGAUGUUUGUCGGGGACUUGGACAAGGUGGUGAGCCUGCUGCUGUCCCUGUCGGGCCGCCUGGCCAGAGUGGAGAACGCCCUGAACAGUCUGGAGGAGGACACUACUGCUGAGGAGAGGCGUACAUUGGUUGAGAAGAGGAAGCUGCUGAUUCGACAGCAUGAGGACGCAAAGGAGCUGAAGGAGAACUUGGACCGCCGAGAACGCGCAGUUUACGAGAUCCUGGGCAACUGCCUGCAGGAGGAGAGCCUUACGGACUACGAGCACUUUGUCAAGAUGAAGUCCGCGCUCAUCAUCGAGCAGCGCAAGCUUGAGGACAAAAUCAAACUGGGCGAGGAGCAGCUCAAGUGUCUGAUGGACAGUCUGCCCAUAGAGCAGAGGCUGGCCUUUUGAAGGACACUGAUGAACUCUGAUGAAUAAGACUAGUCAUGUUGCUCCGACUUGUCCAGCAGAGGGAGACAGAGAUGAGGAAUCUGCAGAGACAACCUGUUGGGACUUUUUUUUUUUAGUUCUGUGAAGCCUCGUCUGAGCACGUCUUACUACUUCAUGGACUUCUGUAACAUCACCUGGACUGACAGCAUCUUUAGGUGCUGCUCUUCCUGGCAUCAACCAACCACUGUAUCUAAAGUCUUUCACACCAUUUUUGCUUUGUUUUUAUUUUUACGAUUUUGUUUUUUGUUUUUUUAGUAAUUUAUUGUAGCCUUUUGAAUCCGCACAGGAGGGGACAGUAUUUUAUCUUCAACUGAUUUGCAGCAGUGCUACCUGAAGUGUGUUACACGCUGAGCAACUAGGAGUAUUUAUCAUGGUUUAUGUCUAAUUUCAAAAAAAAAAAAAAAAAGUUUCCACAUAAUCCAUAAAUUCUGGCCGAAUAUUUCAAUAAACACAAAGGUUUCUUGUUAACAUUUAUAUAUAAACUAGUGGCCUUUUUACUUUACGCUGAAGAACCUUUUUCCUCGGUGGGAUGUAAGUGAAUGUACCUGAAGGAAAGGUGUGCAGAUCCGUUUUAAAGAGCACUUGUUCAGCUUCACUAAACAGACGAAGAAGAAUGGUAGCACUUCACAUCCAGACUUUAACUCAAGUGAAAUCCACAUUUGAAGUGCCUGGAGAGUCACUGCCAACACUGUCCGGUCUUUUCAUCCACUUCUGCACGUUGCAUCCGUUAGUGCUGCUCUGAAAGUACAUUUGUUUAGAUGAUGAUAUCGCCACGUAUGAGUUGACCAAGUGUUUCUGUAUUUUGUUUUUAUUAUUUCACUGUUUUUUGGUUUUUUUGUUAUUCACGGUGCAGAUGGUGAAUGCAUAGUUACCACAGUUGUUACUAAAAAAAAAAUUGCUCUGGUUGAUGAAUCAUUGCAUUUUGACCAGCUUGAACUUCAGUUGUUAAAUGUCUAAAUUUCAGACUGUAACGAUUAAAUAAGUUUCCCUGUUGGAGGAUGUUUGUUCUGCACAUUUGAGAAUAUGACUUUCACACGCUUCGUGCACUGCUACAGCCCGACUCUUAACACUUUAUCAGCUGUGCUCCUUUAUAUCAAAUAAAGAGUCUGCUGGAAUCA